AGGUCCUCUCUGUCUCGUGUCUCUCCCUCUCCCUCUACAUCCAGGCCAAGAUGUGGAGGUUCUCUCUGUCUCGUGUCUCUCCCUCUCCCUCUACAUCCAGGCCAAGAUGUGGAGGUUCUCUCUGUCUCGUGUCUCUCCCUCUCUCCCUCUACAUCCAGGCCAAGAUGGAGGUUCUCUCUGUCUCGUGUCUCUCCCUCUCCAUCCAGGCCAAGAUGUGGAGGUUCUCUCUGUCUCGUGUCUCUCCCUCUCCCUCUACAUCCAGGCCAAGAUGUGGAGGUCCUCUCUGUCUCGUGUCUCUCCCUCUACAUCCAGGCCAAGAUGUGGAGGUCCUCUCUGUCUCGUGUCUCUCCCUCUACAUCCAGGCCAAGAUGUGGAGGUCCUCUCUGUCUCGUGUCUCUCUCCCCCUCCCUCUACCCCUUAGUGCUUUUAUCCAGGCCAAGAUGUGGAGGUUCUCUCUGUCUCGUGUCUCUCCCUCUCCCUCUACAUCCAGGCCAAGAUGUGGAGGUCCUCUCUGUCUCGUGUCUCUCCCUCUCCCUCUACAUCCAGGCCAAGAUGUGGAGGUCCUCUCUGUCUCGUGUCUCUCCCUCUCCCUCUACAUCCAGGCCAAGAUGUGGAGGUCCUCUCUGUCUCGUGUCUCUCCCUCUCCCUCUACAUCCAGGCCAAGAUGUGGAGGUCCUCUCUGUCUCGUGUCUCUCCCUCUCCAUCCAGGCCAAGAUGUGGAGGUUCUCUCUGUCUCGUGUUUCUCCCUCUCCCUCUACAUCCAGGCCAAGAUGUGGAGGUUCUCUCUGUCUCGUGUCUCUCCCUCUCCCUCUACAUCCAGGCCAAGAUGUGGAGGUCCUCUCUGUCUCGUGUCUCUCCCUCUCAGAGGCUCCUGCAGAAGUUGUUUUUGUGCUGCGUUUUAUCUUUUCCUUUUGAAAACUGUAAAGUGCUUAAAUACUGAGAGCGAUUAUGUUGCAGUGCUGCUGCCUACACACGUUAGAGUUCGUGAAGCUCAUAAACAAGAGUAGUUUUCUCCUCU